AGAACCAUAUUAGUAGUAUAAGUAAUGUGUAUCGCACAUUGUUAAACGUUGAACUACUUUUUGUUCAUAUUUUUUUUUAUAAUCAUGAGCUAUUUAUUUUUAUAUUAAAUAGCUAUUGAAAAAAUUAUAUUAGACAGUCUAUAUAUUAUUCAUUUUAACGAUAUAAAAAUAGUUUUAAGUAAUUUAAUUUGGUAAAAAUAUAUCUAAUAAGAACGUGACUUCGAAAUCUACAUAAUUUACUAUUAUAAUUUUAAAUGAUCUUAUGACGAACGAAAUUAACUAAAAACGUGAUAUAAGAUUUUAAAUUGUUAUUUUUAUUAUACAUUGCAUGUGUGAGUUAUUUUAUCCAGCCUAACAAUGGCUUUUCGGCGAGCCAUCAAUGUAAAUCAAGAAAAUGUGAGCUCGAGACUCACCAUAAAAUCAAACUCGAUUCAACCUAACGAAGGUGUAAAAAGAGCUGCACUUGGUGAAGUUGGUAAUCGAUUACAAGCAGUACAACAAACUAAUGAUAAAUUGAAGCAGAAUGGCCAAAUGGGUCCACCGGAAAACAUUCAAAAAAGAAUGCAAGCCACAAUGCCUAUCAAGAAGAGCACCACUACGAAUACUAAUAAUGUUCCUAACGCCAAAGCCGUAUUUCAAAGACAAGAAAGUAUACUGAAGAAUAUUACAGAACAAACAAUGAAAAAUAACUCCGAACCAACCGCAAUAGCCAGAGACUCAAAAAAACUAUCAGUUAUUUCCCGUGUUUCCAAUAGAAAGUCCCCAGUUCUCAAUCCCGACGAAAAUUUACAAGAUGAGCCACAAAUGGUACCCGAAUACCUCUUAGAUAUCUUCGAAUAUCUAAGAGACAUGGAAAAGAAAUUAGCGAUAAACAAGAAUUUUUUGGAAGAGCAUGAAAGUACACCAAAGAUGCGUGCAAUACUUGUCAAUUGGUUGGUGGAAGUACACAUGAAUUUCAAACUGACUCUUGAUACUCUCCAUCUUUGCAUCGGAAUCAUCGACAGGUAUUUGCAGGAGAAUAAGAAAGUCGGGAAAAAUACUCUACAAUUAGUAGGUACCUCCGCGUUACUGAUAGCCUGUAAAUAUGAAGAAGUGUAUAUACCAGACCUGGAAGAUUUCGAAUACACUUGCGACAACACAUUUUCGAAACGACAAAUUCUCCAAAUGGAAAGAGAAAUAUUAAAGAGACUAGAUUUUUCUUUGGGACGACCACUAUCUAUCCAAUUCCUACGACGUUACAACAAAAUCGCUGACGCCAACAUCGAUCACCACAAUUUAGGAAAAUAUUUAUUGGAAUUGGCCCUAUUAGAAGAUUCCAUGAGCCAUGUGAGACCGUCACUCCAAGCAGCUUCCGCUUGCUGUUUAUCCAUGGGAAUUUUGAACGAAACCAUGGAUUUACAAAAAUUGUGGACCCCUACUUUAGCUCAUUACACGUCGUAUACUUAUUAUGACAUCAGGACCGUCGUUGCCGAUUUGGCCUAUUUGAUUAUCAAAAAUGAAAAAUCUAAACAUCAAGCCGUAAGAAAAAAAUACGCUUCGGCUAAAUACGGAAAAAUUAGCGUAAAUCCUAAUUUGAACGGACCCCUCGUAAGAAAACUAACGGUAGGAAAAAAAAUUUAGAAACUUUUAAUUUUAGCAAUUUUAAUUUUUUCUUCCAUAUAUAUAGAUAUAUAAGUUUUUUUAUGUAGCUCUUCUUAUUUACUAAUAUACCCGUAUAUGUUGAUAA